GAGCGCUAAAAUGCGAACAGAUUAGAACAAGUUUCUACGGCAACGCAAAGAGUCUGUGGCUUGUCAAAAGAUGGCGGACAAGACAGCACCGGAUAGCCGUCUUCGCUUGGAGUGGGUUUAUGGAUAUAGAGGCCACCAAUGCAGAAAUAAUCUGUAUUACACUGCUAACAAGGACAUAGUUUAUUUUGUUGCCGGUGUCGGGAUCGUCUAUAGUGAGCGUGAUCACAAACAGAGGUUUUUUCUUGGACACAGCGAUGACAUUGUGUGUCUUUCACUACAUCCAGACAGAACUUUGAUUGCAACUGGCCAGAUCGGGGAUGCACCAUACAUCUGUGUGUGGGAUUCUGCCACUACAGACACAGUUUCUAUUCUCAAAGAUGGGCACAAAGAAGGAGUUGCUGCUCUCGGAUUUGACAAAGAAGGAAACCGCUUGGUUUCUGUUGGUAUGGAUUCUGCUUCAACCAUCAAUGUUUGGGACUGGCGCAGAGGAAAAAUCAUAUCUACAGUCACUGCUCAAGUAGAAAAGGUAUUUGACAUACAAUUCAAUGUCUACAAAGAGAAUUGUGUAGUGUCAGCUGGGGUGAAGCACAUGGUCUUUUGGACCUUGUGUGGGAACACGCUGACUCCACAGAAAGGCGAGUUUGGUCAGGUCGGGGAAGUCCAGUCCAUGCUCUGCCUGGCCUUUGGACCAGAAGAUACCACCAUUUCUGGCACUCUGGCGGGAGACAUCUACAUGUGGAAGGGUUCAAAGCUUGAUCAUGUUGUCUCUGCAGCUCAUAAUGGUCCAAUCUACACCUUAGAUAUGACAGGAGAGGGUUAUGCUACAGGUGGCAAAGAUGGAAUAGUCAAGUUAUGGGACUUGGAUUUGAAACCCAUCACAUCAAUCAACCUGGCAACUUCAUCUGUGGGUUAUACUGGAUCACCAGUCACAGAACUUGUGAUCCGCGCUGUGUGCUGGAGGAGUGACCAACUCCUUAUUGGGACUCAGGACGGUGAGAUCUUUGAGCUGCAGGUCAAGAGUCGCGAUAAGCCCAAAUGUCUGGUGCAAGGUCACGCAGAAGGAGAGAUGUGGGCUCUUGCAGUCCACCCGAAGAAACCCAUCUUUGCUACUGGCAGUGAUGAUCAAACAUUAAGACUUUGGAAUAUGUCAAACCAUGAGCUGCUGUCCAAGGUUGCAGUGGAUCAAAAAAUCCGAGCUUGUGCCUUUGAUCCAGAAGGCCAGCACAUUGCUAUUGGUUUGACAGAUGGUUCCUUUAUGGUGCUUCGAGCCAGAGAUCUGACUGAGUUAGCUCACGUCAAAGAUCGGCAGGAAGUGUGUCAUGAGGUCAAGUUUUCUCCUUGUGGGAAGUUCCUUGCUGUGGGCUCCAAUGACAACUUUGUGGACAUUUACGGUGUCGACCAGCGCUUCAAGAAGGUCGGCACGUGCAGUGGUUGUGACAGCUUCAUCACUCAUUUGGACUGGUCUCAGGACAGCAAAGCCAUUCAUGUCAACUUUGGUUCAGGACAUCGCUGCAUCUUCAGAAUUCCUGCUUGCAAGGAAAUAACCAACAAGGAGGAGAUCAGCACCAUUCACUGGGCAACUUUCACUGGAGUUGUGGGCCCUGAAGUGAACGGCAUAUGGGGCAAGUAUGCAGACACCAAUGACGUGAAUGCAGCAGACGCAAACUUUGAAGGGGAAGUGGUGGUGACUGGUGACGACUUUGGAAUGGUCAAAGUGUACAAGUUCCCAUCACUUAAAAAAGGUGCCAAAUUCCGCAAGUAUGUGGGCCACAGUGCUCAUGUGACUAACGUCCGUUUUUCCAGCGACCACCAUAAGGUCAUAUCCACGGGAGGGGAAGAUCACUCUGUGUUCCAGUGGCGGUUCCUACCACAGGGAACUGGAGAUGACGAUCUGCCAGACCACCACAAUGCAUACGUGGACUCUAACAGUGAAGACAGUGACUCUGACCUGAGUGAUGUGGGCGUGGUGGACUCAGACCUGGAGCAGGAGAAGCAAGUGGGUUACGACAGAGCACUCUACAAGGACGACCUGGCUGGCCAGAAGAAGCUGCUUAAGUCCAGCAUGCAGCCGGGAGCCAAGAGGAAGAACGGGCCUACUGACAGCCUCAGAUUAGAAUAUGUGCAUGGAUACCGUGGCUAUGACUGCCGUAACAACGUGUUCUACACACAGACAGGGGAGGUGGUCUACCAUGUAGCGGCUACAUGUGUUGUGCAUAACAAGGAGAAGAACGCUCAGAGGUUCUACACGGAACACACUGAUGACAUUCUCUGCCUGUGUAUACAUCCACUCAAAGAUAUUAUUGCCACAGGACAGGUGGGCAGAGACCCAAGCAUCCACAUCUGGGACACGGAGAGCCUCAAGACUGGCUCUGUGCUCAAAGGACAACAUCAGCGUGGAGUCUGUGCUGUUGACUUCUCAGUCGAUGGCAAGAAGUUGGCUUCAGUUGGUCUUGAUGACAAUCACUCCAUUGUUGUGUGGGACUGGAAGAAAGGAGAGAAGCUGGCCACGACGAGAGGUCACAAGGAUAAGAUUUUUGUGAUCAAGUGGAACCCCCUGGACCAUAGCAAGCUGGUGACUGUUGGGGUGAAGCACAUCAAGUUCUGGACACAGACAGGUGGUGGGUUCACAUCAAACCGUGGCACCAUGGGUAAAGUGGCCAAACUUUGUGACAUGAUGUGCGUUGCAUAUGGGAAAACGUCUGACAUCUGCUUCUCUGGUGGCAGUGACGGUCAUGUGUUUGUGUGGCAGGGCGUGGAGCUACAGAAGACUGUCAAGGCUCAUGAGGGUCCAGUGUUUGCCAUGCAUUCCCUAGACAAGGGUUUUGUGACUGGUGGCAAAGACGGCAUUGUGGGUCUGUGGGAUGACCAGUUUGAGCGCUGCCUCAAAACGUACGCCAUCAAGCGAGCUGCGCUGACACAGGGCUCCAGCGGCGUGCUGGUGCAAGACACGCCUGCUGUAAGGGCCAUCGUCCUGGGUCAUGGCAAGAUCCUAGUGGGCACAAGAUGUGGGGAGAUUUUGGAGAUUGACAAGGCUGGACCUAUGACACUGCUAAGCCAGGGCCACAUGGAGGGAGAGGUGUGGGGCCUGGAUGUUCACCCCAGCAAAUCAAUGUUUGCCACUGUCAGUGACGACAAGACCCUACGCCUGUGGGACUACAGUGAGGGAAACAAGAUGGUCAGCUUCAAGGAGCUGAAACAGGCAGCUCGCUGUGUGGCUUUCUCGCCCGAUGGACGUGCUCUGGCUGUUGGUCAGAAGGAUGGCAGUUUUGUAGUGAUUAAUGCAGAGACCAAUGAGGAAAUGUUCACUCAGCACCACAGGAAGGAGGAAAUCUGUGACAUUCGAUUCUCUCCAGACCCCGGCAAGUAUCUGGCAGUUGCCUCCCACGAUAAUUUUGUGGACAUUUACAGCGUUCUCAAAAGCAAAAAAGUUGGAACCUGUAAGGGAGCCUCAAGCUACAUCACUCACAUUGACUGGGAUCUGAAAGGUAAAGUCCUGAUGGUCAACACUGGUGCUAAAGAACAGCUGUUCUUUGAGGCUCCACGAGGCAAGCGCAUAACUCUUCGCAAUGCCGAAAUUGAAAAAUUUGGCUGGGCAAGCUGGACUUGUGUUUUGGGAGCCACUUGUGAAGGGAUCUGGCCACCCAAGUGUGAUGUUACAGAUGUAAAUGCUGCCUCCUUGGCUGAUGGUCAUGUUCUGGCUACUGCUGAUGAUUUUGGAUUUGUCAAGUUAUUUGAAUAUCCCGUCACUGGUAAAUUUGCCAAGUUCAAGCGUUACUCUGGUCACAGUGCACAUGUCACAAACGUGAGAUGGUCACAUGACAAAAGUAAACUCUUCUCUACUGGUGGAGCUGACACAGCUGUCAUGGUAUGGAAGCGCGAAGGUCAAGGAAACAAAAGUCAAGGUCAAGGGGAAAGUGACGAUUCUGACACUGAUGAUGAGGAAGAAGGUUAUGAUAGCGAUGUGGAGAGAGAGAAGAAAAUGGAUUAUACCACAAAGAUCUACAUCAAUCCAAUGAGAGAGAAAGAUGGAAUCAAGCCACACUUACAAGAACAAAAAGAGACAGCAAAGGGUUACAGCUUGAGUACAUCCAUGGCUACCGUGGGUUUGAUGCCAGGAGUAACCUAUACUAUGUGAAUGAUGGAGCAGACAUUGUGUACCACGCUGCUGGGGCCGGCAUCGUUCAUAAUCUGUCAUCAGGCACUCAGAGCUUUUACCUUGAGCACUCAGAUGACAUUAUCUGUCUGGACAUUAAUCAACAUCCAAAGUUCAAGAACAUAGUGGCCACAGGUCAGAUUGGCAACAAUCCAUCCAUCCAUGUGUGGGAUGCGGCCAGUAAAGAGACUCUGUCGGUCAUCCAGGGUGGCCAUUCUAAGGGCAUCUGCUCCGUGGACUUUUCCUGUACGGGGAAGAAUUUGGUCAGUGUUGGCUUGGAGGAUGAGCAUAAUGUCACAGUAUGGAGGUGGCAGGAUGGGUCGAAGAUUGCCAGUGCCCCCGGCCACUCUCAACGAAUUUUCCGCGCUGAGUUCCGGCCAGACUCUGACACCCAGUUUGUCAGUGUAGGUGUGAAGCACGUCAAGUUCUGGUCGGUGGCCGGCAGUCAGUUGAUCGGCAAGAGAGGAAUCAUCACCACCAUAGAAAACGUCGGACCUGUGAAGAUGCAGACCAUGUUGUCCUUGGCUUUUGGAGCGAACAAUGUAACCUAUACAGGAGCACUGAGUGGUGAUGUGUAUGUCUGGCAAGAUUCGAACCUCACUCGAGUGGUCCAGAAGGCUCACACCGGUCCUGUGUUUGCCAUGUUCACCACUCUGAGGGACGGACUUAUUGUUACAGGAGGAAAAGAGUUGCCAUCCAAAGAAAAUGGGCCUGUUAAGCUGUGGGACCAGGAAAUGAAGAGAUGUCGUGCAUUCCCUGUGAGAGAAAACGGAACUACGGCUGAUGUGGUCAAGUCUGUGUUCAGAGCUAAGGGCAAAAUUCUGAUUGGUUCCAAAGACAACAGUGUGAUGGAGAUAUCAGAGAAAAGUGGCACUGUGAAUGUGGUAGUGGCUGGUCACAGUGAGGGAGAAGUCUGGGGUCUGGACCGUCACCCAACAAGUGCCAAGUUCAUCACGUCCAGCUACGACGGCACGGUCAGGUUGUGGGACAUUCCUUCCAAGUCUCUGGUGGCCAAACUUGACGUGACUCCCGCUCGCUCUGUGACAUUCAGCCCCGACGGUGAGCUUAUCGCUGUCGGCCUCAAAACUGGAGAGUUCUUGUUGUUGUCUACCACUGGUCUCAAGCUGUGGGGCAGGAAGCGAGACAGAGCCGGAUCUAUCAAUGAUAUACACUUUAGUCCAGAUGGAAAGAUUCUGGCUGUGGGCUCGGAGGAUCAGUAUGUUGACUUUUAUGACCUGACCAAAGGACCAAGCCUCCCCCGCUCUGGGUUCUGUAAUGGCAUUGCAAGUUUCAUCAUCAACAUGGAUUUCUCCGCUGACAGUAAACAUAUCAGGGUGUGCACUGGAGCAUAUGUGAACCAAGUUUACACAGUUCCUCAAGGAGGCUUGGUUGAGGAUGAAGGUGUCACAGAGAAGAUCACCUGGGCCUCCUGGACAAGUGUGGUUGGUCGUGAUGUGCUGGGUAUAUGGCCAGAACACUCUCAAAACGCUGACGUCAACUGCUCUCACCUGUCUCAUCUUGGCAAUGCUCUCGCCACUGGAGAUGACUUUGGUUAUGUCAAACUUUUUAACUUCCCAUGCCCAGACAGUUUUGCUGAACAUAAGAGCUACCCUGGCCACUCUGCCCAUGUGACGAAUGUACGCUUCCUUUGUGAUGACCGCCAUCUCGUGAGCACUGGAGGAGAUGAUUGCUGUGUCUUUGUGUGGAAAUGUGUGUAGACAAGGCCCUAGCACACCAUAGCUGUUCAUUCAAGCAAGGUACACGUUGUGAGAUUUUUACAGCUGAAUAAAUGGAUGGAUGCAGCAUUUUGUAAGACAAGACAUAAUACUGUAUGGAAUGAAAAUGUGGUCAUUUAGUUUCUGAAUUGUUGUUCGUUUAUCCUAACAAUACUUUUUCUUUGUUCAGCUUCUCAAUGUUUGUAAAUGGUCACAUUUUGCUCUUAGUUUUGUAAUUUUUGUGAAAUGUGAGCGGCCUUUGAAAUGCUCCCAUCAAAUAAACCUAUUCAUAAAAGAACAAUACCAUUUUAAACAAUGUGACUGCAUUCCAAGUGCACAAGUUUUACAAGAUCUAAAGAAUAAUUAAUCUUUUUUAUGUGGUCAAAAAACAUUGAUUAGACCUAUAACUUGAACAUUUUAUUAACUCUGUCCAAUUUAUCAGAGAAUCUUCAUGUUUUACCACACCUCACACUUCAUGUUGUUGUGACAUUGGUCCCGGAUCACAUGUCAUUUUGGAUGUUUUUCCGUCCACGCUCGAUGUAAUGUUGAGUUUAAUUUAUUGCACAUUACUGUUUCUUUCUUUCCGUCCCCUCGUUCAGUAGAUUUAUUUCUUUUACAUGAUUUUUAUCGCAAACUGGACAAGAACAUUUAAAAUGUUUUAUUGUAUUUUUCUGUAUUUUAAAGCAAUUUUCAGUGAAGUUUUCUGAAACUUUUAGAGGUACAGUUUAUGUAUUUUACCCUUUUUUGCCCAAGGAGAAAUAUUUACUGUUGGUGAUGAGCACAUGUAUGAAAACUUUAUCUCAUAUCUGAGCAAUGAGCUCACAAUAGUUCUCACUCAUUGGGUCACUGUGAUUACGCUUUAAAAAAAUUUCGUCUGAUUUUUGUGAAUGUGAUACUAAAUCUUUGGUUGUGGAAUGUAAAUGUCUGCAAAAGUUGUCUAGCAAACUCAAAAACAAUUUUGUCUUUACAUGCCUUACCAGGUGAAUAUUAUUUUUCUACAUUAAUUGUAUGUGAUAUGCUUGUGAUCCAUAUAUAUAUAACAAUCAGUAAAUUUAGUACGUGUACAUUCCUCAUGAACAAGCAAGCACUGCCUAUCUGCUGUUCACUAGCCUUAAGUCAUUUCUUUGUUUUCGUAUUUCAUAUUGUGUGCAUGUCUUGUUUUAUAAACUGUGGUAUAAUUUUGCUUUGAUGGGGUUUUUUUCGGGGGUUAUUUCUGUGUGUAGCACUUAGAUAUAUUUAGAAUAGGAACAUUUCAGAAUCAGUUUAUUCUGUAAACAUAAGAACGUUGAUGCUGGUACUUUUGUUGCAGUUCAUAUUGUCAGAUUUUCUUUUUAUGCCCCCCUCCCCCACCUCCCUUUCCUCAAUUCUCCUCCUAAGGACUACAGGGCAGUUAAAUAAUUUAAGAGUAGGGUCUGAAUAAUUGUUGUAGACAGCCUUCAAAACUAUGUAAUUAAAAAAUACCGUGAUCUAUUCAAAUUUUUGUCAGUGUUGCAUUAUUUCAUGUACAAUCCCUUCUGGUUCUUCAGUAUGGGAUGUGAUUUUCUUUAUGGUUAUAGUUUAGUUGCAGCUUAUUUAGCUUUGUUGUAAUCAAACUAGAAUUUUAAAGUGUUAUGUAUAAUUUGUUGGCAAUCUCCAAUGUAUUCAAAAAGUGUACGUCAUGAAAAUUGUUUCAUGAUGUUUUCAUUUUGCUUUAUCUUGUUGUAUUUGUCUAAUUGUUGAUGUUGGCUGGAAAUAGUUUAGAAAUAAUUGUGUGUUUUUAUUAUCAUUCCUCAACUCCAAAUAUAUAGAGAAUUGUGCGCUAUAAUUAGCUAUAGUUGACUUUUCUCAUGUCUUUACAUUCCAAAUAUUUUUUUAAUGACCAUUCUAUCAGUACCAGUGUACCCAUUAUAUUUCAUUCCUGUAAUACCUAACGUUUGAUCUUGUAUAUUUUAGUCAUUCAAGUUUUUAUCAUUUUAUCAUAUAUGCUACUAAAAGAUAUGUAUGGCAAUAUGUACUUUUUUAGCAGUUUUAUCCACCUCUUCGUGGAGAGGAUAAAACUUUUUUAGAUGGUUGUUGUAAGCUGUUUCCUUUCAAGAGAGGAUGAGAGAGCGACAGAGGCAGAGAGAGACAGAGAGAGAGAGAGAGAGACAUAGAGAGAGAGAGAGACAUAGAGAGAGAAAGACGAAAAGACAGUGAUUUUGGUCAAUGAAAUUAUCCUGCCACCAGUUGUGCCUAUGAGUUGCCGUUCAGUAAGGUAAAGGGGCAUUUGUAGAAAAAAAAUGUUGUGAAGGAUCGCAUAUCAAAUUCGUGUUCAAACAUAGGUCAUCAUCAUUGAAUGCUUGCCAGAUUCUUAGUUAGUUAGUAAUUUGUUUGUGGCCGUUUGUCACUUACUUACAAGUAUAUUUUAGACCAUCGAUAUUACUUUUUUGUCGUGCCCGUUCACCUCAGAGAAGUACAGGAACAGGAACAGAACAUGAGUUAUCUCCAGAGGGUUGUUUUAAGAAAAAAAACCUACUUUGAUGUUGUUGAAGCAAAAAUACCCAGCUUCAAGAUCAAGCAUCCAUGGAGAUGGCUGAGCACCAACAGAGAAAUUAAUUCUCUACAUAUCUCCUAUAUAAGAGCUAGUGACUGGGGUCAAAUCUUGAGUUGAGCACCCAUCGAAAGAGAAAAUAUAUCGGCACUUUUUCUCUUGACCUUAAUACAUGUAAGACAUAUCUAAAGAAUUGUUAUUAUGACUAUUGAUUUAGAGUAUUUAAACUCCUUAGGUAAACUACUUGAAGAAAUUGUACUUUAAGUAUUUAAUAUUUUUAAUAAAAAUCAUAUACCAACAU